AGGAAGACUUCCGCAGUGAACGAGGUGAAACAGAAAGCACAGGAAGUCCUAGGAGAAGGAGAAGGUUUUCUGGAUGAAGCUAACCAACUUUCUGAAAACAUCAACAAGGAGAUAGAGGAUUUGGAGGAGAUGGGCAGAGAGCUGGAUCCUCUUCAUGUGAAGCUGGAUGAUAAAGUCAAUCACCUCACCACUGGUUUGAAAGGCGGCAGCCUGGCCAAUCACGUGCACGAUGCAGAGGAACACGCCAAGCAGCUGAACGAAUCUGCUGCCAUUUUGGAUAGUAUUUUGGCUGAAGCUAAAAACCUCUCCUUCAAUGCAACAGCUGCCUUCAAGGCCUAUAGCAACAUUAAAGCAAACGUUGAUGCAGCGGAGAGAGAUGCGAAGGCAGCCAAACAGAGUGCCAGUGAGGCUCUGGCUCUG